AUGGCAUCAGGGGAGCCUGGCAAAUCUGUAGUGACACAGGUUACUCCCGAGGUCUCCGGUGAGAAACACAUCGCCACAGUUUGCAGUGCUUUGAAGCGCUGCUGGUUUAAAGGAGCUGGAAGAGAGAGGGUCUCAGGCCUGCCCGCUAGCCAGUCUGGACCAUCUCAAAGCUCCCAUUUGGCCAUCCUCUCCCUCCCCAGGCCCCUUAACCCUAGGCCAAAGCCUAUUCCAGAUGCCCUGGAGCAUGUGUAUUUGUUUUAUUCUGCCAUUUUGCAAUUUCAGGUAGUUCUGCCAAAGAGGGCUGGCCCUACUGAACUGAAAGCCAUUUUUGAAAAGUAUGCCAGUGUUAAAAAGAAUGAUGAAUGCUUCAUGUCACCGGAGGACUUUGUGACUCGUUUCCUCCAUGCCCACACAGACAUCAGGUUAUCAGAUGAGGCUACAGCACUGCUGGCAGGGGUUGUGGACCAGAAGAAAGAUGGGUUGAUCUCGUUCCAGGAGUUUGUUGCUUUUGAAUCGGUGCUCUGUGCCCCAGACGCCCUCUUCAUGGUCGCCUUCCUGCUUUUCGACAAAACAGGCAAUGGAAUAACCACCUUCGAGGAUGUGAAGCAGGUCUUCAGCCAGACCACCAUACACCAACAUAUCCCUUUUAACUGGAACUGUGAGUUCAUGCGCCUGCACUUUGGUAUGGAACGGAACAAACACCUCAGCUAUGGAGAAUUCACCCAGUUUCUCCUGGAAAUGCAGCUGGAGCACGCGCGGCAGGCCUUUGUACAGCGGGACCGGGCCCACAGCGGCUCCAUCUCAGCGCUGGACUUCAGGGACAUCAUGAUCACCAUCCGGCCCCACAUGCUCACGCCCUUUGUGGAGAACUGCUUGGUGGCGGUUGCGGGUGGAACUACUUCCCACCAGGUGAGCUUCUCCUACUUUAAUGGCUUUAACUCACUGCUCAACAACAUGGAACUAAUCAGGAAGAUCUACAGCACAUUGGCCGGCCACCGCCGGGACCUGGAGGUCACCAAAGAGGAGUUCAUUGUGGCAGCUCAGAAGUUUGGCCAAAUCACUCCCAUGGAAGUGGACAUCCUCUUCCAGCUGGCUGACCUGUCUGAGCCCCGUGGACGUGUUGGAUGGGUGGACAUUGAGAAGAUUGCACCACUGGAGGAAGGCGCCCUGCCCUACAACUUGGCUGAGGUCCAGAGACAGCAGUCGGGUGGUGAUGCCUCUCGCUCCAUCCUGAUCCAGGUGGCAGAGUCGUCCUACAGGUUCACUCUUGGUUCGGUGGCAGGGGCUGUGGGUGCCACUGCUGUGUACCCUAUCGACCUGGUGAAGACACGCAUGCAGAACCAGAGGACCAGCGGCUCUCUAGUGGGAGAGCUCAUGUACAAGAAUAGCUUUGACUGCUUCAAGAAAGUGGUGCGCUACGAGGGCUUCUUCGGCCUCUACCGAGGUCUGGUACCACAGCUACUGGGUGUGGCGCCCGAGAAGGCCAUAAAGCUCACUGUGAAUGACUUUGUGCGAGGGAAGACCAGGCAGAAAGAUGGCACGGUACCUCUGGCUGCUGAAAUCAUGGCCGGGGGAUGUGCUGGUGGCUCCCAGGUGAUUUUCACCAACCCCCUGGAGAUUGUGAAGAUCCGUCUGCAGGUAGCGGGUGAGAUCACCACUGGACCCCGGGUCAGUGCCCUCUCCGUCAUCAGGGACCUGGGCUUCUUCGGACUCUACAAGGGUGCCAAGGCGUGUUUCCUGCGGGACAUCCCCUUCUCAGCCAUCUACUUCCCGUGCUACGCCCACAUCAAGACCUACCUCAGUGAGGAGGACGGCACAGUUGGGCCAGUCAAGAUGCUGUUUGCAGGAGCACUAGCAGGCAUGCCAGCAGCUUCUUCAGUGACCCCGGCAGAUGUGAUCAAGACCAGGCUACAGGUGGCAGCGCGUGCUGGCCAGACCACCUACAACGGCUUGAUGGACUGCUUCUGGAAGAUUCUUAGAGAGGAGGGGCCCCGGGCCUUCUGGAAAGGGGCUGGAGCGCGAGUCUUUCGAUCCUCGCCUCAGUUUGGAGUCACUCUGGUUACCUAUGAGCUCCUGCAGCGGUGGUUCUACAUUGACUUUGGAGGGCAAAAGCCGGCUGGCUCAGAGCCCACCCCCAAGUCUCGGAUCAGCCUGCCGGCGCCCAACCCUGACCACAUCGGAGGCUUCAGGUUGGCCGUGGCCACGUUCGCUGGCAUCGAGAGCAAGUUUGGACUCCAUCUCCCGCGCUUCACGGUGCAGGGGGCGGCCCCCUCCCCCACCAGCAACCCCUGAACCGCACCCUCUGUCCACACAUGGGGAGAGGAAGGGGGUAAGAGAGGGCUUAAAAGUUUUACACACACACACACGCACACACAUACAAACACCAACUAGUCCAUAGUUUCUAGACUUUUAAGUUGAAUACUUUAUCAAAGUUUGCUUCUUUUUGAAGACACAUUAUAUAACCUGUGAGCCCUCAUGCUGUAUGCAACAGUCUAUAUGCAACCACGUUGGUUAGCUAGCUAUGUAACACAAGUUAUUAGACUCCUUUGUAGGACUAUUGUGCAGUGUGUCUUAAUUUAACUGAGAAGUCCCAUUGAUUGACGCUGUAUAGAAUUGUUUAUUGCAGCUUUGUUUUUCAUACAGUGCAAUUUAUACAUUCACAGCAACAGCAAGAAUGCUCGAAAAAAAAAUUAAAUAUCUCCAAACUGCUGCAAUUCAAACUAGUUUCAAAAGCUAGGUUUGUCGUGGCAGCUUCCAGCUUGUUCAAAAGAACAUCGAGUUAAAUUUGAAUAAUUGAUCAGAAAGUAAGGGCGCAGCACGAAUCACAUCAUAAUAGCACUUAGUUGUAUAUAUGAGAAAACCAGAGACAUAUUUUCAUAUCUAUACAGCUAUCUGUCCUGGUUUAUUCUGUUUUACGCCAGCUUGUGAAUGUAUUGAGUGAUCUGUAGCGAAUACGACCAAAAUCAUGAAUGUAAAGACAAUGGGAUCGCAUGACAGUACACAAUGUCUGCUGUCAGUGGUCUCAGAUCUAAAUGUGCUCAGAUGCUGUAUAAAUGUCUAUAAAAGGAAAAAGAGGUCGCACUGUCAGCUGUUCUAUUCAGAUUUGUACAGUACAAGGAUUGUAGAAUGUAUAUAUGGUGUGUAAUAAUUGUGCCUUACAGUACGUAUGGCAGCAAUAUGUGUGUACUAAGAGAGUAAAGAAAAACCAUUAGUUAAACUUGGACGCAUGUUUUUUUUUUCACAUUUGCGACUCCCAGAUGGAUCCUUGCGGAUGCAGACAUGGUGACAGUAAAAAGCGAGCUUAACUUUUCAA